AUGCCAUCUGUGCCUCCAAGCUCUGAUUCUACCUCCUGCCCCAGUAUGACAGAGACUCAUGUGGCUAAUGGCAACGUGGAGGUUGAUCUUGGCACUGAUCGGAAAUGGAUUCGGCCAGAUUUGCCAAGCAAGUGCACAUGGGCUCUGGGAAAACCACAGGCAGACUCCCCACAUCAUCAUGUAGAACUGUGAGUAUGCAAAAUUGGCUAUUCUGUGAUGUGUGACUUGGAAAAGACUAAAAUCUUUUACCCCUUGUAGGAAACACAACCCCCGAAUCCUGCCAAGCAUCCUGGACAAAAUCGGAGACACCCCACUCGUUCGAAUAAACAAUAUUGGAAAGAUACAUGGGCUGAAGUGUGAGCUGUGUGAGUACAUGCCAGUCACUUGCUGUCACUCUCCUGGUUUUACCCUGCUGUUCUCUGCCCAGCCUGUAGUGCAAGCCGCAGAAAUAUAAACACAGCAUCACAGGUACAGGUUCAACUGCACGCUAUCCCAUCAUCACACCAUUGCAACGCGGUGAGCCUGACGUUAUCCCCGCCGCAACGCGGUGAGGCUGGCAUUAUCCCCGCCAGGGGCGCGCCUAGCUCUGUCCCGCCAGGGGCGUGCCUAGCUCUGUCUCGCCCCCCCCCCCCAGCCAGGGCCGCGCCUAUUUCUGUCUCGCCCCCUCACGGUAAAGGCAUUUUGAAAAUACCUACAGUUUUAUUUCUAAGUUUGCUGGGCUUUGCAGAAAAUUUCAUAACCAAGCCUUCUUUUGCCCUCCCUUAUUUCUGCAUUACCAUUGUUCAUAUUGGGUUGCAUUAAUACCCUCAUGUGUUUCUUUCCAUCUCCCCCUAGUGGCAAAGUGUGAGUUCUUCAAUGCGGGGGGCAGCGUCAAGGAUCGGAUCAGUCUGCGGAUGGUGCAAGAUGCCGAAAGGGACGGGAUCCUCAAACCAGGAGAUACAAUAAUUGAACCAACAUCUGGAAACACUGGUGAGGGGUUAAAGCUUAUACAUGACAUUGCAAUGUAUUAUUUAUUUAACGAGAAUAUAUUCCAUAGCAUUAUAGGACAGUUAAACAAAGCUUAUUGUGACAGUAAGGGAAGGCAAUAAAGCACAUAGAGAUUAUCCACAUUCUGUAUGUUAACUAAACCCAUAGAAAGAGGAGAUUGGCGGGGGAUACAGUCUGUAUGUAACUAAACCUAUAGAAAGAGGGAGGAAAGACCUUGGCGGGGGAUACAGUCUGUAUGUAACUAAACCCAUAGAAAGAGGAGAUUGGCGGGGGAUACAGUCUGUAUGUAACUAAACCUAUAGAAAGAUGAGAUUGUCGGGGGAUACAGUCUGUAUGUAACUAAACCUAUAGAAAGAGGGAGGAGAGAGAUUGGUGGGGGAUACAGUCUGUAUGUAACUAAACCUAUAGAAAGAGGGAGGAGAGAGAUUGGCGGGGGGUACAGUCUGUAUGUAACUAAACCUAUAGAAAGAGGGAGGAGAGAGAUUGGCAGGGGAUACAGUCUGUGUGUAACUAAACCUAUAGAAAGAGGGAGGAGAGAGAUUGGUGGGGGAUACAGUCUGUAUGUAACUAAACCUAUAGAAAGAGGGAGGAGAGAGAUUGGUGGGGGAUACAGUCUGUGUGUAACUAAACCUAUAGAAAGAGGGAGGAGAGAGAUUGCUGGGGGAUACAGCCUGUAUGUAACUAAACCUAUAGAAAGUAUGUAACUAAACCUAUAGAAAGUACAGGUAAAGGUGAGAUUUACUUACAUGAACCUGUCCCUAGCAGACAUGGCCAUCUUGACCCGGCAGGUCCUCUUCAGAGCCGACGUGACUGCUGUACUCUUGUACGUGUGUUUUUUACAGCAUGAGGUCUAUGGAGGAUACCGCGAGAUCCUACAUACACUGCUAAUAUCCUGCAGCUGGUCGAUAUUCAGAAUCCGCUCUGAGAAAGUCAGGAGGAGGAGAAAUACACAGACACUUUGUCUUUCUAUAUCUCUUGACUGAAUUGGAAUUUGAGUGAAAUUCCAACCCAGUCACAGUGAGUAUUUCAUAAGUGUCUAUCAUUCUGAAAUACUCAUUAUUUAUGGGGUUCUGUGCAGUUUCCCUCCACAUAAUCAAAUCUCACAGCAGUGAGUGAGCAUGUGUUUGCCAAUGAGAGCUAAUUUCUAGUUUUGGGGGUAGGUUGUUGAACAUUUUGUAGGAGAGUUUCCUGAAGGACACCGGAAGCCUUCGUAAGGUUGCUGUUGUGCAGUUAUGAGCUUUUUAUUGAUCGCAACCUGAAUUCCACAGGUAUCGGACUGGCUCUGGCUGCCGCAGUGAAGGGAUACCGCUGUAUUAUUGUCAUGCCGGAGAAGAUGAGUAUGGAAAAGGUAAUGAGAGUCUCUAUGCAUGUAAAAAUAGAGGGGGAACUGUAAUUACAUUUUGGGCAAUGGAGAAAUGGAUCACUCCGUACCUGUGUGGGUGGUGAAUCCUAUCUAGGUGGUUUUUAAUUUUUAAAUGGUGAAAGUCGAUGAACAGCAUCAACAGUGCUUUGUAUAUAUAUUUUUCAAGUACUUCAUUAAAGAGCAACAAACAUAUGAGAGAAUUUGUUUAGACCCUUCACAGGUGUAACACAAACAACUCUGCAAUUCUAUGCCAUUACUGCUUCAUCCACUAGAUCAGGGGUAGGCAACCUUUUAGCAGCACUGUGCCGAAAUAAGAUUGUGAUGUUGUCGUCUUUUUUUUUUUUUGUUAAAUAGAGGUGUGUAUGUUACCGUAUUCUGCUUGUUAUUUAUCCUGCAGUUGCUUUGUAUUGUUGUAUUUGUGCGUAUAUGAGCUAUUAUAUUGUAUAUGUUCAUUAGUAGUUUGUGGUAUUGUGUAUGAUACCUAUGAAUGUGGCCUGUGUAUUGGGGAUGCUUGUGGAAUGUGUGUAUGUGAGGGGCUGUUUGGGGAUUUGCAUGUGUGGUGGUUGUGUGCAUGUAUGUGGAUUGUUGGUGGUGGUACGUUUGUGUGGACUGUCUGAAUUAUUUGUGUAAGGGGGAAAGUUAUUCUGCAUUUCUGUGUAUAUCUAGUAGUAUGGGUGGCUUCCCUGGGUUCCAGUGGGGACCAGGCUGGCCAUAUACAUGUCAAGGGCAGGUGUUGCGAUAGCUGUCGAGGGCUGCUCUACUCCAGUGUGGAUUUCCAUUCACAAGUGCUGAGAUCACUACCUCUACCUCUAAGUGCUGCAAUGCAUAAAUUGAGGAUUGUCCUUCACCACCUUUUCGUAUUUGCAGAUAUCUGAAGCCUGUUUGGCUCUAGGAGGCUUGAGUGCCGUGCAUGGCACACGUGUCAUAGUUUGCCUACUCCGGCCCUAGAUGGUGGUAUGUGAUCAUGUUUAGUAGGAUUGUCCUUGUUUUCGCCCCUCUAUCCUCAAGCCUCACAUUUUAUGUAAUGUUAUAGUUUUAAUAACCAUUAAUUAAAGGAGACCUCCUUGAUCUCUACAAAACCCCAUCUUGCUCUGUCAGUCAUUUAAAACACGAUAUGGUUUUUGUUUUAACAAUUUAGUAAGUCUACCCCAAAGAGAACCUGCAUGUUUUUGCGUGGUAUGGAUAAAAGUUUGCAAUACAGUGUGCCUUUGCAAGCCCCCCCCUCUUUCCACAGGAAAGACUUUUAAUUUGUGCCAUGGAAUAUUCCAAUCGGAGGCUUCUCAUUGAGAUCCUCGGAGCUGGACCUUCGAUCCCGCGUGCACACGCAAUGCUGACUUUCCUGUGUCUCCCUUAGGGGGGAGAUGCAGGCAUGCGGUAACUCUGUGGAGCUAAUGGAUGAGGAUGGAAACUUGCCUGGCUGUCUGACGGUUAGUGUUUGAGUGACAGUCAGGAGGUGUCUCUGCCAAUUGAUCACUGUAGUCAGUAUCAUAUAUAUCUCGAUCUCUCUCCCCUCAGGGGUUAAAUGUAUUUCCUUAAUUCAUUUUAAAAUUAUAUAUUUAGCUGGGGUGGGUGGAAGUUAGUGGGGAAUUGGCGAAUUUGGUGUUAGGGCUUAACGAUAAAAAAAAGUUUUUUGAAAAAAGUUUUAAAGUGUUUUAAUAACAUUGUAAAAAAAAAAUCCCACCCCCUUUUACCCAGGCCUAAGAAAAAUUAACCCCUUCCUUGCCAGUUGAUCACUGCUUACAGUGAUCAAAAUACAGAUCACAGUAUUCUACUGUGAUCUGAAUUUUAUUUUUAACCCUCUAAGGGGUUCAAUUUAUUUAAUUAAUUUCAAUAUUUUCAAAUUAUAUAUUUUGCUAGCUGGGGUGGGUGGGAGUUAUGGGAAAUUGGGGAGUUUACUGUGUGCGGCUUACUGCUAGUUAGGGAUUAACGGUUAAAAAAAAAAGGGUUAUAAAAAUGUUAAAAGUGAAUCUUAAAAAAUAUCAAAGUUUUUUUAAAAAGUAAAAAAAUUCCCAUUACCACUACACCUGGAACAAACUAGUGAAAAAAUUAUCCCAGGGUGUAUUCUUUAAUAAAUAGUAUGUGUUUGUGGGGAAGUUUCAUUAACCAACCGUCUAAAUUACUCCGAAUUGCAACAUGGACACAGCGUAAAACUUCAAAGUUAGAAAAAAAACUGUCUGUGUCUCAAAUGUGCCCCUUCAACAUCCACAUAUACCUGGCAAAGGUACAUACGGGGGUUUUGCUGUACUCAGACAACAUAGCUGAGGAACAUAUGUAGUAUUAUAGUAUUACCCAGUCGUAGCACACAUAAGAUUUGCAAAAUAUACUGCGCAAACUCACUUUGUGUGUCAAAAAGGCCGAAAAAGUGCUUAUUAGCACUACACUUGGUACAAGCUAGCAGAAAAAUGAUCCCACGCUAAGGUUCAAAAUAUGCCUUUUGAAAUACCCUGGGAUUUCUUCUUUAAGCAAUAGUAUUCCUUUAUGGUGUAGUUCAAGUGCUCCAAAGUGGGACACGGAAAAUGCACACUUAAAAACCUGAACUUGUCACGUCUCUUUUACAACACUGUAACUUCACAAAAUAGUGUCUAAGUUCAUGCUUGCCGAUAUGCUGGAGAUGUAACAAGAGUUGGCUCUUUUGUUCAAAGUUAGUGGGAGUGCGAUAUAGUGAUGGAACUUUGGAUGAAGGUUUUUGAUAUAGUAGAGAACUUGGUAAACAAGCCUAUUCGUAAGGCUCCGGAGAAUACUAUUUUGCAUUUGAAUAUUAAAAUAUUACAAUGCAAAGAAGUAUAUAUAUAUUCACCCAUUUAAAGGUAGCAGUCAAAAUAAUCAUAGCACGAAACUGCAAAGUCUCCACACCCUUUUCUCUAGAUACUUUGAUAACACAAGUUAAAUCUCAAUUAAUGAUUGAAGCACAAUUAUAUAAGUCACAGGGAAUGGAUACAGGGCGUAAAAAUGUUGGCGAGUAUUGGCUCAAAACUAUGUCAGGCAGUCAGACCUUGAGCUGGAAAACAGGAAGACGGUGUUUAUGCAUGUAUGUGCGCAUUUGUGUGUAUGGGUAUGUACGUGUGUGUGUGUGUGUUUCAUAUUGUCUUUCCUUUGGCUUUUCUACUAUGUGGUAGGAGAUCCUCCAAACCCCUCUUUGUCGGUGUGUAAUUAUGUCUCUACUGUAUUGUGAAAGUUUGAUAGAAGUGCAUGUAUUUGCCCUAAGUUUGUACGUAUUUAAGAUCUACAAAGAAAAAUAUAUAAUAACCAGAGAAGCUACAAUUUCUGGGGAAAUUGUGUGAAGUGUUCUUGCCUCCACCUGUAGUCUACAACUGGAGUGGGCGGAGUAACUGUUAUCAUUUACAUAGCACAUUUAAUUGCAACGUUGUUGCACAGUUACAUUAAACCAUACAUUUAUAAAAACAUUAGCAGGUGUUCAAAAGGCCCUGUCUAUGACAUCACUUGCUGCUGCAGCUUGACACAGGUCAGAGUAUUUUGGCGGUUGCCAUCUUCAAACGGUCGUAUCUUAAAAACUAUAACUCCUACAGUGAAGAGCUUUAUAUUGUGAGAAUCACAAGACCCAGACCUACAUUUUGAUGCAUAGUAUGUCUCUGAAGUAUUAAAAUGAAGGCACAGUCGCAGUUUAGAAAUUGCACUUCAAAUUUGAGCUUUGUAGAGUGAAGUUUCAAAGAAUGUCAAUGGACGGCGUUAGUUGCAAACAAAUGAUUAUAUUGUGAAAACUAUCAGGACUAUGGCUUAGCCGUUGACAUGUUUAGUGGCAGCAGGGAUAGCUGAACGUUUUGAUAUAAGAUUUGUGUAGGUGGGCCUGAAAAUAAGGGAGUGGUGGCAGUUUAGAAAUCAUGUCCUGAUUUUUCAGCUUUUGCCAGCUCCCACUCUAGUUCUGAACAUUUUGCCAUUCAUUCCUCUCGGACCAAUUUCGCCACAAGAACGACGAUAUUCCGUGAACCAUUCGGCGAAACGUUCCAGAAAGUAAUAGCAAUCCGAUCGGGAACAAUCUGCACAUUUUGGUAAAUUUUUGUCUAUGUAGUGUAAAAACUGUGGGAGGAGUUAGGGUGGCAAAUUUGGCUAUAAUAAGAAUAAAGGUAAAAUAGACUGGUCAUUAUACAACAAAAAGUAUAAAUUCACCUGUGUGCAGAUAGAAAAACACACUUAAUGGGUAUUAAGUGAAAAAACACAUAAAUUACCCUUAAUUAACUGUAUUGUAGAUGGAAGGAUUCCUCUUAUAUCCUCAAGACAAUAAUAACAAAAUGGCAAUCUACAAUACAAAAGUAAUAAAGACGGACAUAGCGCAAUACUGUUGCAAAAUAGGAAUUAUAGAUAUAAAUGAUUGCACUCACAAAAACAAUUUGAUUGAAGGCAUAUCAGAUAUAAUGAUGUAUAAACUUCAGGACUUGUGGAACAUCGGUAUCAUGCAUAGGAGGAAAAAAUAUAAAUAAUAGUGCAGAGUAUCCAAGUAAACAAUGACACACUUUAUUAACAAAUACACUUACAAAAUAGAAGUGUCAAGUAGGCACAUCAAGCUCAGAUGAAGAAAAAAACGAAUCCCAGUAUCAGGGUCCAGUGGAGCAGGAAAGCCAAAUAAAAAAUGAAAUAAAAUCAAUGAUAAAUGAAUAAAAAAUACUCUAAGCAAUAAAGGACAUAAGCCCUACGCGUUUCGUUCAAUAAUGAACUUCCUCAGGGACAUCUGACAUAAUACUGUCCAUAUGCAUGCAUAAAAUAACCCAAACUUCUCCCUUUAAAAUCCGUCCGGCUAUUCCUUUGACUAUUCUCAGACGCUAGUCUGGCCAUUCUAAGGUCCGGUAACCGUCUUUCUGUGGGUUUCACGCUGUGUGAAGGGGUCACUGUUGUGACAUUGGUCACUGUCAUGACAUUACACUAGGGCCAUGGACCCUGCAGGUGUUAACCCUCUCGGGCCGGUACCUGAUGACCGGUUUGAAGAACUGGACCAUCGCAUGGACCAGUUCGCUAUUGCGGUACAAACCUUGCUAGCUCGUACUGCCCAUCUCCAACCGGAGGAGCAAACCCGAGUACUCAGACCUCAGGAACAACCCAUGGAAAUGGGUACUCCUAAUCAUGCUACCUCCCCUCUCCGUUACGGGGGUGAUCCUAAAGGUUGCCGAGGUUUUUUGAACCAAGUUAGUAUUUAUUUUGAGCUUCAUCCGAGAGCAUACCCUACAGAUAGGGCAAAGAUAGGUUACAUCAUCACUUUAUUGGUUGAUAGGGCAUUGACUUGGGCGAAUCCUCUAUGGGAGAACGAUAACCCGAUAGUGUUUAACUAUGUAGAAUUUGUCACAGCUUUUAGGAGGGCUUUUGAUCCUCCAGGGAGGAGAACUAAUGCUGCCAAGACCUUGCUACGUAUGAGACAGGGUUCUCGUUCUCUUGUUGAUUACGCUCUAGAAUUCCGUACCCAUGCGUCCGAAGUUAGAUGGAAUGAACAAGCGUUUAUUGACGUAUUCAUGAACGGGCUUUCAGAUAAACUCCUAGAUGAAGUUGCCACUAGAGACCUACCCAAUGUGCCAGAGGAACUGAUCACAUACCUUUCCCACAUUGAUGAGCGUCUCCGACACAGACAGAAUACUAGAGACAGACCUCGACGGGUGCCAGAACGCCUAGCAUUAACCUAACCUUCAUCCGAGACAACAGCAGUCGCUCCUCCAGAACCUAUGCAACUGGGAGUUAUGCGUUUGUCUGAGGAUGAAAGACAAUACCGUUGUAGGGAGGGACUAUGCCUAUAUAGUGGCCGAAAGGGACAUUCUCGUUCAACCUGUCCUAACCGGCCGGAAAACUCCAGCACCUAAGCCCUCAAGGAGGACAGGCCUUGGGUGUAAUGUGUAUGUCCUCCUUUAAUGAUAAAAAAGAUCAUAGGCUUCUUCUACCUAUUGUCAUUGAAUGGGAAAAGAAAAGAGUGCCAACCAUUGCCUUAAUAGACUCUGGGGCGGCCGAAAAUUUUAUUGAUCAUAAAUGUGGUCAGGAACAUGCUCUCCCAUUUCAAAACAGAUCAACACCCUUGGCCGUUGAGGCCAUAGAUGGUAGACCAUUAUCAAUCCCGUUUAUCACACAAGAGACUCUUCCAGUGGUGUUGUCCGUAGGUUCCCUGCAUAAGGAGGUUAUAAUCCUGCAACAGGUCACUUCUCCCAUCUUCCCGGUUAUUCUUGGCUUUCCUUGGCUCUCUAAACAUAACCCUUCUAUAGAUUGUGAGAAAAAAGAAAUUGUAAAAUGGAGUGAGACUUGCCGCAGAAAAUGUAUUACCCCUAUUAAACACGUAGGUCUACUUAAUGUACCUACUAUGGAACCUUUAACCACUCAGAUACCCAGACAAUAUUGGGAUUUGAAAGCAGUUUUUGAACCAUGAGAGGCAGAAAAAUUACCUCCACACCGGCCCUAUGACUGUCCCAUUGACUUAUUACCCGGCACUAUGCCCCCUAGAGGCACAGUUUAUCCUCUCUCGGUAGCCGAGAAUAAGGUACUAGAAGAAUAUAUCACGGAAAACUUAAGAAAGGGGUUUAUCACUAAAUCUUCCUCCCCUGCUGGUGCUGGUUUUUUUUUUUGUUUCCAAGAAGGAAGGGGACAUAAGGCCCUGUAUUGAUUAUCAGGGUUUAAACAAAAUAACUCUAUGUAACACCUAUCCUAUUCCUUUAAUCACAGAACUUUUCGAUAGAUUAAAAGGGGCGACUUAUUUUUACGAAACUGGAUCUGAGGGGAGCAUACAAUCUAGUCAGGAUUAAAAAGGGGCACGAAUGGAAGACUGCUUUUAAUACUCGCUAUGGUCACUACGAGUACAGGGUCAUUCCAUUCGGGUUAUGUAAUGCCCCAGCAGUCUUUCAAGACUUCAUUAAUGAUAUUUUAAGGGAAUAUUUGCAGAUGUUUGUUAUCGUCUACUUAGACGAUAUUCUAAUCUACUCCAAGAAUAUUAAAGACCACCAUACUCACGUUAGGUUGGUUCUUUCUAAACUCUUAGAAAAUGGACUUUACUGUAAGUUGGAGAAAUGUCAAUUUGAUAAGGACACUGUGCAUUUUUUGGGCUAUAUAAUUUCAGGGUCUGGAUUUCAAAUGGAUAAGAAAAAACUAGAAGCUAUCCUUAAUUGGCCCCUGCCCGUUGGACUCAAAGCUAUCUGGGAUUUGCCAAUUAUUAUAGAAAAUGUAUUAAGGGUUUCUCCUCUAUCACUGCACCUAUCACUGCCAUGACCAAAAAAGGGCAAAAUUCUCUGGAAUGGAAUCUCGAGGCCAAGGAAGCUUUUGAGAGACUUAAAUUGGCUUUUUCUUCUGCACUGGUGUUGAGGCAUCCCAAUCCCUCUCGUCCGUUUAUAUUAGAGGUGGAUGCAUCUGAAACCGGUAUUGGAGCGGUGCUGUCUCAACGUCCAUCUGAUGAUCAACCAUUGCAUCCCUGUGGAUUUUUUUUCUAAGAAAUUAACUGAGACAGAAAAGAGAUAUGACAUUGGGGACAGGAAAUUAUUGGCUAUUAUCUCUGCUCUCAAGGAGUGGCGCCAUCUGUUAGAAGGGUCUACCAUUCCCAUCACCAUCCUUACGGAUCACAAAAACCUUUCGUAUUUUGGAGAAACUAGAAGAAUGUCAGACAGGCAGAUUAGAUGGUCUUUAUUUUUAACACGAUUCAAUUACAUAGUAACUUACAGACCAGGAUCAAAGAACACUAAGGCUGAUGCCUUAUCCCGUCAAUGAACACUUAUCACCUACAGUAACUCUUUUUUUUUUUUUUUCUUCCAUAAUCCCAUCCAACCACAUAAUCGCAACCGUCCACGCCAAAAUCUCUUCAGGGUUAAUGGAGGAAUUAUCUAGGUUUCAGGAUCAGACCUCAUUGACUAUUCCCAGGGGAAAAUUAUACGUACCCUUGGCUUAUAGGAAAAAGGUCUUAUCCCUUGUACACAACUCCAAAUUGGCAGGGCAUCCAGGCAUUCACAAAACUGGCCUUCAUACAAGAAGGACGUUCGCAGGUUCAUUCUUGCUUGUAGGGUCUGUGCCUCCACGAAGUCCUCCAAAGGUCAUCCUUUGGGCCUCCUUUUGCCAUUGUCCAUCCCCGAUAAACCCUGGUCAAGUAUUGCUAUGGCUUUUAUAGUGGAUCUACCUCCCUCCAGGAAUCAUAGGGUUAUAUUGACUAUAAUCGACAGAUUCUCUAAGAUGACUCAUCUCAUCCCACUAAUCAAAUUGCCCUCCUCUUCUGAACUGGCCUCUUUAUUUAUAAAAGAGGUAGUACGUUUACAUGGCAUACCUCAAGAUAUUACUUCUGACAGGGGUCCACAGUUCAUUUCACGGUUCUGGAGGGCAUUUUGUGACCAAUUAGGUAUUAUCCUUAACCUUUCUUCUUCUUCUUACCAUCCCCAAUCUAAUGGGGUUACGGAAAGGAUGAAUCAAUGCCGCUGUUUCACUUCUGAGCACCAAGACGAUUGGGUGGAACUGCUUCCAUGGGCUGAAUUCGCCCAUAAUAAUCUGAUGCAUGAAUCCACUCAACAUAGUCCCUUUUUUAUUAAUUAUGGGUUUAAUCCUACAACUUUGCCGAGUUCUUUUUCAUCUACAGGAGUGCCUAGUGUUGACAGCACUCUUCACAAUAUGAAAGAAACUUGGUUAGGGGUUAAACAUAUCUUAACUCAAAAGACUCAGAUUCAAAAGAAGAAUGCGGAUAGACGACGCAGGGCUGCUCCUACGUUCGUAGCAGGUGACAGGGUUUGGUUAAGUACCCGCAACAUAGAGUUAAAGGUACCCUCGAUUUCAUAGGCCCGUUUCAAAUACUCAAACGCACCAAUCUGGUCUGUUAUAGUUUGAAAUUGCCAAAUACUAUGAAGAUUCUUAACGCUUUUCAUGUUUCCCUUCUCAAACAUUUCAUUUGUAAUCGUUACACUCAGAAUAUCUCCACUCCUCCUGCCGCACCCGUGGAGGAUCAUGUUGAAUACGAAGUUAAAUCUAUAUUAGAUUCCCGGAUUUCUCGGGGUAAAUUACAAUAUCUCCUUGAUUGGAAAGGGUAAGGUCCCGAAGAACGGUCAUGGGUCGAUGCAUCUGAUGUUCACGCCCCUCGUCUGGUUCGUCUGUUUGAGAGGCGGCGCUCUUGUGGGUUUGGUUCCACCCGCCCUGUGGGCGGUUCUCGAGGGGGGGUACUGUAACGAGCGCUUACCUUUCCCCGCCGGUCCCGCGCAGCGCCGGGUCCUCCUCCGAUAUUUCCGAGGGGCGGCUCAGCUCUUCUGACGCCGGCCGCUCUGAACACGCCCACAUUUAUGACGCGGCGCAUGCGCGCCGACGUCAGAAAGAAAAUGCCGCCAAAAUUCAAACGUGGCCACGCUCCCGGACUUUUUGGGGGCGUGGCUACAAAAUUAAAGCCAAAGAACCCACACUAUAAAAGGGCUAUCAUGACACUUGUCAGAUGCCCUAGUGUGGUUCUUGUUUAAAGUCCCCUGGUGCUAUCUUAUCUGUUUGUCCUUCUUGGUAAUUGACCCUUGGCUAUCUCUCUGACUAUUCUGUGUUCUGGUUUCCCGUUACUUGGCUUGGAUAAUCGUGUGCCCGUCUUCCGUAUUCCCUUGACCUCUGGCUAUUCCUUUGACUAUUCUCAGACGCUAGUCCGGCCAUUCUAAGGUCCGGUAACCGUCUUUCUGUGGGUUUCACGCUGUGUGAAGGGGUCACUGUUGUGACAUUGGUCACUGUCGUGACAAUACCGAUGUUCCACAAGUCCUGAAGUUUAUACAUCAUUAUAUCUGAUAUGCCUUCAAUCAAAUUGUUUUUGUGAGUGCAAUAAUUUAUAUUUAUAAUUCCUAUUUUGCAACAGUAUUGCGCUAUGUCCGUCUUUAUUACUUUUGUAUUGUAGAUUGCCAUUUUUUGGCAUUUUGUUAUAAUAAGAAUAUAUAUGUGAGAUAACAUUAAGUGGUCUUGCUAUGCAAGAACACUUAAAUAUGACAUCAUUCACCAAAUAACAGGGUAGUGGGGAAGCAAUUUAUUUACUUGUUUUGUAAUGGAGAGGAGAGAGAGAGAGAGAGAGUCUCCCCCGGAGCAUUCAAUGCCAUGUAUUUUUUUACGUCUAGGUCGUAUGAUCUAUAGGGCGUUGUAAGGAUACAUAAUGAUCAAACUUAGAUAGUAUGUAAUUUUAUGUUCUUUUGUAUAUUUGAAUGAUAUAAAAUUUUAAAAGUUUAAAAAAUAAAAUAAAAACAUUAUGUCUAGGUCAUACAUUGGGUAUAUUGUUUUACUCAGAAGAUGUAACUGAGCAUAAUUUGGGGGAUUUUAGGACCGUGGUACAUAGUGCCAUUUAUUUUUUUUUCCUCACCACAAACAUUGACAUAAAUUGGUGAAAAAAUGGGGACAAGUUAAAGGAUCACUAUAGGCUCAGGAACACAAACAUGUAUUCCUGACCCUAUAGUGUUAAAACCACCAUAUAGCCCCACUGGGCCCCUCAAGCAUCCAUAAAUAUAGUAAAAAUCUUACUGUAUUCAAUCCUGAAGCUGUAGAUCUGCAUGCUGUUAGACUCAGAAAAAAAGCAGUCUGCUGACAUCAUCACAAGUGGUAGCCUGAUCCAAUCACAAUGCUUCCCCAUAGGAUUGGCUGAGACUGACAAAGAGGCAGAUCAGGGGCAGAGACAGCAUGAUUCAAACACAGCCCUGGCCAAUCAGCAUCUCCUUAUAGAGAUUAAUUGAAUCAAUGAAUCUCUAUGAGGAAAGUUCAGUGUCUGCAUGCAGGAGAUACUGAAUGUUUGCAUUUUAGGCAGCCAUGACCCAGGAAGGAUCUCUAACAGCCAUCUGAGGAGUGGCUAGUGAAGUUAUCACUAGGAUGUAAUGUAAAGACUGCAUUUUCUCUGAAAAGACAGUGUUUACAGCAAAAAACCUGAAGGUAAUGAUUCUACUCACCAGAACAAAUUCAAUAAGCUGUAGUUCUGUUGAUUAUAGUGUCCCUUUUAAGGCACAAUAAACACCAUAUAAGAUACCCUGGGAUGUCUGCUUUAUCAAAUGAAAGCCCUUUUGUGGGGUUAUUUGAACAGUCACACUGCUAUAAUACCCUAAAAUGAGACAUAGGCCCAUCAAAUCUGUCAUUGAAAAUUCUAACUAUAGAAACUGAAAUAGCCUUAUCUCUUAUAUGGCAUUGUAACUUUACAGAAUAGUGCCAAAGGCAUACAAUGGGGGUAUUGUUAUACUCAGCAGAUGUAGCUAAAUACAAUAUGGGGUUCUGUGCAGGAAUAGCACACACCAGCUUUACGAAAUACACAUUACAAAAACCUUGUUAUAUGUGUAUAUGCCAAAAUAGAGAGAAAACACAAUUUUACUCCAAUAUUUAGCAGAGAUUGGCGAUGAAAUGGCUACGUAAGAUGUGUCAAACUAACCUUCGGUAAAUAGCCUGUGAUGGCUACUUCAUAUAAAUAUAUACUUUUGUGUGGCAGUUUUUUUUUCUGUGAUGGCUACUAAGCCUACAAGACAAACAAACCUACUUCUAAAAUGUUCACAUUGAGAUUUUAUUUUAGGCCUUGUAUUUUGUGACCUGUAACUUUCAAAAUAAGCUGAAAUCCUAUACAUAUUAUGUACUCUGUAAAUCAAGACACAUAAAUAAAUUUAUUUUGAAUUACUUUUUCCAAGCUGGACAUAUUAUGCACGUGCUAUUAUUGCCAAAACUGUGAGAAAAUUAUUUAUUUUUCUUCAUUUUUUUUGGCAUUUGUUUUAUAAUUAAUGAGAGUGUAUCUAUGUAUAUGUGAUAUCAAAGCGCCGUUUGCCCUCUAAAAACCGGUGUAUAUAAUAUGUGUUGGUGCAAUAAAUGACAGAGAUGCAAAUUGAGUUUGAACACCUACAGCAAAAAAUCCAAAAAUGGCUUGUGUCCUGAAGGCGUUAAAUGGAGUCGAACAGCUGUUAAUAUUAUGGUGACAGCUCGUAUUUCCAUUUUUCUCGAUACACCCUGUUGCAAAUUAUAUAUUUUUUUUAAUUUACCUAAAUAAUUGAUGUAAAUAACAGUCAGCAUAAUAAUCAUUGUAAGGAAACCAAGUAUAUUUAAACCUUAUUCGGUAGUUUCCUCCUGAACCGCCAGAGCUUUAGUGAUUAUAGCCCUCCGUUCAGUAGUUGGGGUAGACGAAUCCUAUAGCAAUUCCAAUAGUCUCACCAGAUAAUUCCCUCAGUGAAACACAGGAAUCCCCAAACAUCAGCCGAAGUCGAGAAGAAGGGUACAAAAUGAACUGUCCUUUAAUGGGUACACACAGCUUUUAUGCAAGUCCCCAUGCAAGGGGACAGCCCUCAGGGAGGGACAAACAAUAACCAAUCACAGGCAGUAAAACUUUAGCACACACCCCCAAUUCCCUCCCCUAGCCCAGGAGAUAAUUCAGUCUGAUAAAAUAGUAACUUAUUAUCUCCGGGCUGAAAAAUCACCUUUUUCCCCAUCAUCUAGAACACCCCUUUAUACUGGGGGUAUCCCCAUAAAUUAUAUGUCCCCUGAUAGCCCUGAUCUGGGUGACCAACAUAUUCGAAUUCACCCAGAUCGGUUCAGGGGUUCGCAAAAUCUAUGGAAGUCUUUUGUGACCGGCUCACCCUGGGCUGCAUGCCCAAAACAGUUCCAUGAAUUUGGUGGGUUUUGCCGGUCACUUUCGAAAAAGCAUAAAAACAAAUAAAAAUACCGAAUGGAUCCCUCUGGCUCCUAGCAGCGUUCGUGCCCCUCUGUUGAUUGCACCAAAGUACCGAAUAGCGCUCCUCUAGCUAUUCGGUAAAUAGAGUUCCAGCGAUCGUCUGUUUGGGACCGGUGAUCGGGAAGUCGAGUGUCCGUAAAACAGUUCCAUGCACUCGACGACCAGGUCCCGCUGCCUUUGUUCGCAUGAACAAAGAUGGCCGCGGUUUUCUCUGCCACGUGGCGUUCGACUAAUGAACGCUGGCCGCACAGACAGAGGUAGCAAUUUCACCCAAACCUUUGAUGUUUAAUGAGCCAGAGGGGUGGUCCUUGUUCGGUAGUUCCAUCUACCGAAUGCAAUAGGCAGAAAUGGGGAUAAAAAGGGAAUGCAAACAGUAAAUAACAAAGGGAACAGGGGGUUUCUUCACAAUCAUGUUAUCAACUAUUAAGAUUGCAAUUCAAAUUUUAUUGAACAAACCUCCUGUUGGGGAUAAAAUCAGCCCGAGCCCUUUGUGGAUGAUGAAUAUUUGCCAACUCAUUCAGAGCUAUAUAACGCAUGUAUAUUUGAUCAAAACAAGAUAUUUACAAAUACCAAAAUCUUGGUCCUUUUUCUCCAUAGCAGCCAUUGAUGCAGAGGUAUUCUUUGCAGCAUGAGAUGGUGCAUUUUCAUACAUGAAGAUGAUUUUAUUACGAAAAGCAUAGUUCUUCCUUCUGUACCAUGGAAGAAAGUGGACAGUCAGAAACUCCACAUACUUUGCAGAGGUCAUCUUUACACCUUCAGGGACCCUAAAGGGGCCGACCAGCUCUCUUCCCAUGAUUCCGGCCCAAAACAUGACUCCGCCACCGCCUUGCUGACGUUGCAGCCUUGUUGAAACUGGGUGGCCAUCCACUACUCCAUCCAGGGUUGCACGGCACUCAUCAGUGAACAGGACUGUUUGAAAAUUAGUCUUCAUGUAUUUUUCUGCCCAAUGCAGCCGUUUCUGUUUGUGAGCAUUGGUUAGUGGUGGCCGAAUAGAAGGUUUAUGCACAGUUGCAAGACUCUGGAGGACUCUACACUUUGAUGUCCGUGGGACUCCAGAGGCACCAGCAGCUUCAAAUAUAUGUUUGCUGCUAUAUAAUUGUAUUUUAGCAGCUGCUCUGUUGAUCCGAUGCAUGGAUCUGGCAAAAAUCUUCCUCAAUGUGCCUUUAUCUGCACGAAUCCGUCUGUGCUCUGAAUCAGCCAAAAAUCUCUUAAUAGUGCGAUGAUCACGCUUAAGUUUUCGUGAAAUAUCUAAUGUUUUCAUACCUCGUCCAAGGCAUUGAACUAGUCCACUCUUUGCGGCAGCAGAGAGAUCCUUUUUCUUCCCCAUAUUGCAUGAAAAUGGUGCUCUGCUUAAUAAUGUGGAACACCCUCCUUUAGUAGUUUUUCCUUAAAUUGGGCUCACCUGGCAAUCUAAUUAUCACAGGUGUCCGAGAUUGUUUUCAGUGAUCAAAAGAGCCCUGAGACACAAUGCCAUCCAUGAGUUAAACUGCAAAACAAAAUAUUUAAUCUUUGUGACACUUACAUAGAAUUUGAAUAAUAAUUUGGAACAGGGUGUAAGCAAAAUUUGUGACUUGCUGUUUUUCUUUUGUACUAAGCUAGCCUUGUAUUUACCAAUGGCAUUAUGCAGUAACCUUUUUGAACUGUAGGUGGAUGUUCUUCGUGCUCUGGGUGCUGAGAUUGUUCGGACUCCGACCAACGCGAGAUUCGAUUCUCCAGAAUCCCAUGUUGGCGUUGCUUGGAGGUUAAAGAAUGAAAUUCCAAAUUCCCACAUCUUGGAUCAGGUAUGCUUCCAUUCCACACAGCCACCCUACCCCCAGAUCAGGUAUACCCCAUUCCACACCGCCGUUUCACCCCAUUACACACAGCCAUUUUACCCUAACCCUGAGUCAGAGAUGUUUCUAGAUGUCACAGAUUUAAAGCCAUUUAAUGGAUAAUUGUGCCGAGUGUAUUUUAAAAAAAAAAAAAAAUAAUAGACUAGAUUAGUGCUCAAAAUGGCUCGUAAUUCUACAGGUGACUUAUCUCUCCUCCUUUUCUUUCCAUUCACUGAUCCUCCUGCUCCUGCUCUCUCUCAUCCCUUCCUGUCUGGACAUUCUUUCUCCAUCAUUUCUUAAUGUCCUAUGUCCUGUCUGGUUUUCUCUCUUGUUGUUUCCUGUGAUCUGCACACUUAGUACCGGAAUGCUAGUAACCCCCUCGCUCACUAUGACAGCACCGCGGAAGAAAUCCUAUACCAGUGUGAAGGUUAGUAAAGAGAGCAGUAUCCGUUCAUGUGAGUAGAUAUAGUGUUUGGUGUGGGGGCUGGAAGUGGACUUUUCUGCACUGACUCAUUGUGUCUUCAGGGCAGUUGGACAUGCUGGUUGCCGGAGCCGGAACUGGUGGAACCAUUACCGGAUUGGCACGCAAACUAAAAGAGAAGUGUCCAGGCUGCAAGGUGAGAACCAUUCACUCCUAUAUACCCACGCCAGUAGGUGAGUGUACACUCGUCAUUCACUCCUAUAUACCCACGCCAGUAAGUGAAUGUACACUCGUCAUUCAUUACUAUAUACCCAUGCCAGUAAGUGAGAGCAUGUACUCGCCAUUCACUCCUAUGCCUACCAAUAUUUCUUUUAAAAGGGUAAUUCAAGGUAUAUAAUGUCCUACAUGAUGCAUAAUACAGAACCCGAGAGCAGUAUGCUGUAUAUAGUGACUUACUGAAUGUGAUAUGUCUCCAAACUAGGUGGUUGCUGUGGAUCCUGAAGGUUCUAUACUGGCUGAACCAGAAGAGCUCAACCAGACCGAUAAGACCAGUUACGAGGUGGAAGGCAUCGGCUAUGACUUUAUCCCAACUGUUCUGGAUCGAUCUGUGAGUGCUGCUGCCUAUAAAGACAGUAAUUAGGUGGAGGGAAGGGAGUGGAUCCGGUGUAGGAUGAAGAGAGCAGAAUUUAUUUGGUGUUAUCAUGUGCAUUCAAGAAGAUUUUAAUUAUUUUUGGAGUAAAAUCAUUGUUAUAAGCAAUGUUAAAAACUCCACCCUUUACACCUGGCAGUCCGUAUAGAGAGAGCCGCCUCCAUCUUAGCUCCCUGUCAAUCAUUGUUAUAAGCUCCGCCCUUUACACCUGUUAGUCAGUAUAGAGAGCCGCCUCCAUCUUAGCUCCCUGUCAAUCAUUGUUAUAAGCUCUGCCCUUUACACCUGGCAGUCAGUAUAGAGAGAGCCACCUCCAUCUUAGCUCCCUGUCAAUCAUUGUUAUAAGCUCCGCCCUUUACACCUGGCAGUCAGUAUAGAGAGAGCCGCCUCCAUCUUAGCUCCCUGUCAAUCAUUGUUAUAAGCUCCGCCCUUUACACCAGGCAGUCAGUAUAGAGAGAGCCGCCUCCAUCUUAGCUCCCUGUCAAUCAUUGUUAUAAGCUCCGCCCUUUACACCUGGCAGUCAGUAUAGAGAGAGCCGCCUCCAUCUUAGCUCCCUGUCAAUCAUUGUUAUAAGCUCCGCCCUUUACACCUGGCAUUCAGUAUAGAGAGAGCCGCCUCCAUCUUAGCUCCCUGUCAAUCAUUGUUAUAAGCUCCGCCCUUUACACCUGGCAGUCAGUAUAGAGAGAGCCACCUCCAUCUUAGCUCCCUGUCAAUCAUUGUUAUAAGCUCCGCCCUUUACACCUUGCAGUCAGUAUAGAGAGGUGAGGAGAUUUAUCAAACUGGAUUAUUUACAAAAAAGAUUUUUGCGUGAAUUCAAAGUAGAUUUCAUGUUUAUUGCCAAAAUAUCAAACCUCAAAUAUUACAAGUUUAUCUGUUUUGGUGGUAAAUUUUAAAUUACUAUAAAUUCCCCCAAACUCUGUUCGUAUUUGGUUAGGGGUGUAUGCUGGUUGCACUGGUUUCUAUGAUGAUUGCCCCAGUUUUCAAUGUGUGCCCUGGCUGUGCCAAGACUUAACUCGGUUGUGAUGCGAAUUGCUAAAUCUUUAAUAUAAAAUUAAAAUCUAACUGUGAUUUCACACGAUAAAAGGAUAAACACAACUUGGAGGGGAUGUUCAUCUGUAUCGCAACACCGCACACACACAUUAAGCGAUUGUAGUGUAAAAAGUGUGGAUUUCUAUCUGAAUAAUUGCAGAAACGCCUCCCUGGUUGUCGGACAAGCUGUUUUUAUAUAUAUCCCCCCAAUCAGGGCUUAAAAUGUCAAAUUCUGUACUACGAUCCAGGCCAACACAAGACUGGAGGCCAUUGGCACGCUAACUAACAGUGAAUUUAUACUCCUCCUGGGCUACAUUCUCACUGGCCAAUGGAUAGUGGACAUUUUGAGCCCCGCCCCAGUGAUAAAAUGCAGAAUUAAAUCAGUUUUGUAUUUGGGCAGUGGAUUGUCCCUUUAAGGAGUAGAAUGAGGUGAAGGCAGUGUAUGGCUUGUAGAAUGCGGUGUAUGGCUUGUAGAAUGCGGUGUAUGGCUUGUAGAAUGCGGUGUAUGGCUUGUAGAAUGCGGUGUAUGGCUUGUAGAAUGCGGUGUAUGGCUUGUAGAAUGCGGUGUAUGGCUUGUAGAAUGCGGUGUAUGGCUUGUAGAAUGCGGUGUAUAGAAGGGACGGACAAGCACCGGCAUAUGGAUCAAAGCAGAUGUAGGUGUGGGUAAAGGGAAAUGAGCUCUAGAGCUGGGAGCUAUCACCUACCUGUAAAUGGGGUGGAACAUGCUAUACGUAUACUAAUGGCCAAACCCCCUCAUUGUUUUCUUACUGCCCCUCCAUAUUCCAUUACUUAGUUGCUGGCUGCUGCUCUCCUAAUACUAUGUCCAAUACCUUUUAUUACAGGUUGUUGACAUGUGGUAUAAGACCAACGAUCAGGAAUCUUUUUCCAUGUCACGUGCCCUGAUCAGAGAAGAGGGGCUACUGUGUGGUAAGAAACCCCUUAGAGGAGAUACUAAUGUUAUCUGUACAUGUUUUGCUGUGCUCGGCAUGAUCUGCUAUUUCCACUGCAGGGGGCAGCUCGGGCAGUGCCAUGUAUGCAGCUGUGCAAGCGGCUAAAGAGCUGAAGGAAGGCCAGAGAUGUGUUGUGAUUCUCCCCGACUCUGUGCGGAACUACAUGUGAGUUACAAGCUUGCAGGCAGAGCUAGGUGUGUAUACAGGGAGGGACACCGGAGUGUCGGGCCAGUAUGGAGUAUCAUAGGAAGGUGGUAAGUGGAUGAGACAGCGCUGAUCAACUUAAGGCAGCAACCCUUAAAGGGGAAUCCCUCAAGAUACCCUUAAAACAAAAUAGAUAAAAGUAACAGUAAAAAAGGGCUGCGCCACAUAAAAUCCAAAUAAAAGUCCAGAUCGUGUGUCCUUACGGAUAGUCUUUGUGGAAGGCUGGUAAGAUGGUGUAUUCUUCAAAUACAAUAGUGGGUCCUCUUUAUAUGAAAGAGAGAAAAGACGGACAACCAAUAGUGCAGUAUGUCAGGCUCAAAUUAGGACGUAGUAAAAAAUAAUGGUGGAAAACUCACAUUUGCGAGAGCUUAUAUCCAGCUCUGAGGUAAAGCGCACACUGCGGUAUAAUCCCCGCUUAUGGGAUAUAUGGUGGGAUAUCUCUCCGUCAGGGGUGACCAAUUCUCGAGGAGAAGAAGAAACAACCAAUAGUGCUCACUCAUUCCCUUGCGUCUCUCUUCUAAUCCAUUCCCUGAACACACCUUAACUGGUGGGCAGCAGUUACCUCAGGCAGCUGGUGGUAAUGGAGGUCACGCAGAGUUAUGACGCUGACGCAGAGAUAGUACCUUCAGGCUUUUUGCUGUAAACACGGUCUUUUCAGAGAAAAUGCAGUGUUUACAUUACAGCUUAGUGAUAACUUCACUGGCCACUCCUCAGAUAGCUGUUAGAGAUCCUUCCUGGAUCAUGGCUGCCUACAAUGCAUCCAAACAUUAAGUAUCUCCUCCCUCUGCAUGCAGACACUGAACUUUCCUACUGCUGUAGCCCCCACACUGCUGCCCACCAGUUAAGGUGUGUUCAGGGAAUGGAUUAGAAGAGAGACGCAAGGGAAUGAGUGAGCACUAUUGGUUGUUUCUUCUUCUCCUCGAGAAUUGGUCACCCCUGACGGAGAGAUAUCCCACCAUAUAUCCCAUAAAUGGGGAUUAUACCGCUGUGUGCGCUUUACCUCAGAGCUGGAUAUAAGCUCUUGCAAAUGUGAGUUUUCCACCAUUAUUUUUUACUGCGUCCUAAUUUGAGCCUGACCUACUGCACUAUUGCUUGUCCGUCUUUUCUCUCUUUCAUAUAAAGAGGACCCACUAUUGUAUUUGAAGAAUCCACCAUCUUACCAGCCUUCCACAAAGACUAUCCGUAAGGACACACUAUCUGGACUUUUAUUUGGAUUUUAUGUGGCGCAGCCCUUUUUUACUGUUACUUUUAUCAUAGGAAGGUACAUGUGAGUUACAAGCUUGCAGGCAGAGCUAGGUGUGCGCACAAGGAGGGACACCGGAGUGUCGGGCCAGUACGGAGUAUCAUAGGAAGGUACUUGCAUCUGGGGAUCCACAUUUUGACAUCACUGAUCUAGGAACUUGGCAAUACCUGUUCUUUGCUUUUUUGAAUGUCCAACAUAGUGCUCUGCUUUUAAGGAGAGCUGGUGGAACCAUACUGGCGGCCCACGGAACUGCUGAAGAUCUGUGAAAUAAAAUAUAUAUAUAUAUAUAUAUAUAAUUAUUAUUAUUAUUAUUAUUAGGGAUUGAACCCCAGCAGCCCCAAAGUCCAUUCAAUGGGCACCGCAAACUAUAAAGGCAAGAAAAUCAAUUCUUGUAAAAGAGGAUCACAUGUAGGUGAGUAGCUUUCAGGCACUGAAGAGUUUGAUAGUAGAGUGGGCCUGGGAAAAUGGCCUGGAUGGAAGGAAGUUGUCUGAUCAUCGUAUCACCAGGAAGACGUCAAACGAUUUCCUUCUUUAUUGACUUUUGUUUGGGUGAUGGAGGAUUAACAUUGUGAAUAGAAGUCAGAAACUUCUGGGAGAGCAGAACAAUCUGAAUAGAUUCGUAGAACUAAAUCUAAUCCUUUCUUCAUGAUCUGUAACCUUAGGGCUUUAUGUAAAGAUGGUUUUCCAAUUAAGAUUCAUUGUCCUCAAAGUGUUUGUAUUUUGUCAUUGUUUUUCCUCUCUCAAAGUUGGUGGUAAAAGUAACUAUUCUUGUCCAUAAAUCCUGCCAUAUAUCAGUCAUGGGAUUCAGCAAACCAUAUCAUAGCCUGUUUGUUUACUCAGCAUUGAUAUGUGACAUUUUAUUUUAGACUUAUUAUUUAGAGUGUAAUUAUCCGACUCUCUCUUGAUCUUUCUGUCAUUUUCGUUUGUUUCACUCAGGUCUAAGUUUCUUAGUGAUAAGUGGAUGACACAAAAGCAUUUCCUUAAUGUGGAAGAUUUGGAGGGAAGAAAACCUUGGUGAGAUAUCUGAACUAUUUCUCAUACUUCUCCACUUCCCUUCUUUCUCUCUCUAAGCAAUUCAUCCAACCCUCCCUGUACUCUCCCCUCUCUCCAGGCGCUCCUCCAUGUAUCCUCCUGUACUCUCCCCUCUCUCCAGGCGCUCUUCCAUGUAUCCUCCUGUACUCUCCCCUCUCUCCAGGCGCUCCUCCAUGUAUCCUCCUGUACUCUCUCCAGGCACUCCUCUCUCCAGGCGCUCCUCCAUGUAUCCUCCUGUACUCUCUCUCCAGGUGCUCCUCCAUGUAUCCUCCUGUACUCUCUUCAGGCGCUCCUCCAUGUAUCCUCCUGUACUCUCUCCAGGCGCUCCUCCAUGUAUCCUCCUGUACUCUCCCCUCUCUCCAGGCGCUCUUCCAUGUAUCCUCCUGUACUCUCCCCUCUCUCCAGGCACUCCUCCAUGUAUCCUCCUGUACUCUCUCCAGGCGCUCCUCCAUGUAUCCUCCUGUACUCUCUCCAAGCGCUCCUCCAUGUAUCCUCCUGUACUCUCUCCAGGCGCUUCUCCAUGUAUCCUCCUGUACUCUCCCCUCUCUCCAGGCGCUCCUCCAUGUAUCCUCCUGUACUCUCCCCUCUCUCCAGGCGCUCCUCCAUGUAUCCUCCUGUACUCUCCCCUCUCUCCAAGCGCUCCUCCAUGUAUCCUCCUGUACUCUCCCCUCUCUCCAGGCGCUCCUCCAUGUAUCCUCCUGUACUCUCCCCUCUCUCCAGGCGCUCCUCCAUGUAUCCUCCUGUACUCUCUCCAGGCGCUCCUCCAUGUAUCCUCCUCUACUCUCUCUCCAGGCGCUCCUCCAUGUAUCCUCCUGUACUCUCUCUCCAGGCGCUCCUCCAUGUAUCCUCCUGUACUCUCUCUCCAGGCACUCCUCCAUGUAUCCUCCUGUACUCUCUCUCCAGGCACUCCUCCAUGUAUCCUCCUGUACUCUCUCUCCAGGUGCUCCUCCAUGUAUCCUCCUGUACUCUCUCCAAGCGCUCCUCCAUGUAUCCUCCUGUACUCUCUCCAAGCGCUCCUCCAUGUACUCUUCUCUCUUUCCAUAGAAACAUAGAAUGUGACGGCAGAUAAGAACCAUUCGGCCCAUCUAGUCUACCCAAUUUUCUAAAUACUUUCAUUAGUCCCUGGCCUGAUCUUAUAGUUAGGGUAGCCUUAUGCCUAUCCCACGCAUGCUUAAACUCCUUUACUGUGUUAGUAAGUGCUUUGUUUGUUUUUUUAGCUCAUCCUUACCAUCUUUGUGACCUGUCCAUUUUUUUUCUAUUUACUCCCUGCAGGUGGUGGAAUGUGAAGGUGUCAUCCCUCUCUCUAUCUGCCCCACUUACAGUCCUUCCAUCUGUGAGCUGUGACCAGACUAUCCAGCUCUUGCGAGAGAAGGGUUAUGAUCAGGUGCCUAUUGUAUCUGAAGCUGGGUGAGUUAUACUACCAUCUAGGUCCUUGCCUAAUCUAUUCUAUGGCUACAUACAUAGGCUGAAAAGAAACUUAUGUCCAUCAACUUCAGCCCAGUUUGAAGCACUUCCAAUUUUGCAAAUUAGAGGAAAAUCCUCCUUGACCUCAGAAUAGCAGUCAGGUUUAUCCUUGGAUCAGGAAGCUAUUAACAUACAAUUUAAAAAUGAUAUCCUUGUAUUCAACAAAUUUCUGUUUAAACAUCUGUACAGACUCUGGUAAAACCACCUCUUCAGAUAGAAAAAUCCGCACAAGAAGUAUAGUAAGUCUCCUAGUUGUCACCAACACUCCGGGUUAACUAAAAAAAAAAAAAACAUGAUAAACAUAAGGCAAAAGAAAUGGUGUGGUGUGCUACAAUUACAUGUGUGAAGCUCACCAAUUAGAUAAUAUACAUACACUGGUUCAGUCUCCCAAAAUAUGCUGGUAGUACUCCAGUUAGGAAAUGAUAUUCCAGCUUUUAAUCACUUAUAAACAUAAAACAAAACAUAGUGUAAAACUGUUAAAUACAAUGAUAAAAGAUACGGUGAUUAAUGCACUCACAAGUGGUCCACCACUAACAGUGGCCAAAAAGGCACAUCAAUAGGUGCCUUUAGACCUGCCACAAAGGGACUCCAAUAUGUUCUGAGUCAGCUCCUGAAUGCACCAAGGUUCUGGAUCCCAAGGGGGUAAUAAAGGAGUGAGUUCUAGCUAAGGAUGUCCCAAAGAGAGCGUUAUGGAGGCUCCGUAAGCGUCUGACCGGUUUUGUCCUCAGGAGUUUUUCAAGUGUGUGUGUGUGUGUGUGUGUGUGUGUGUGAAUUCCCACCUUAAACAUGGCCGCCGAGAUAGUAGUAUAUGGAGACCAAUUGGGUAGCCAUUAGGUUAUGUCUUCUGGAUAUAUAAUCCAGUGACUAACCAUUGUACUCCUUUCCCGGACUAGCCAUCAUGUGGGGGAAGAACAACAUAAUAAAAUGUGCAUAAAAAUGUACAUUUUAAUCAACCUAAAUAUCGUUCGCCUGUAUCUUUACCGGCCCCACUCAUGGACACCAAAAAGAUGGCUGCUCGCAUAUGCAGCGGCGUUUAAGUAGUCGUGCAUGCGCCGAAAUUUUUAAAAAUAGCUGAAUCGCUCGAUCAUAUUAAAUUCAAACUGGGAGAAAGUUACAACGUACGGGCAGCCCGAACGAACAUCAGAACAAACGGUGGUUAAAUGGUGCAUUACUUUAAAGGAUUGGUGUUCAUGAAUGUUAACAAUGUGGAUGAACAAAUCAAAUGUUUAUCAAAAGGUAAAAAUCUGAUUCACUCAUUAUUGCAUUAUCGAUUUAAUGUGAUAUAAAUUGAAAUUAUUGCAGAAAAUAUUAGUACCCCAGCAAUAAUAAAAUAAAUAUAAAUGUUACAAAGAAAGUAUAAAAAAAAAAUGUAAAAGUGGGGAAAUAAAAAAAAAAAAUGAUUAACAUCCCCAUGUAAACAUCAAGACACUGCAUAUAUGACAUGAUAUAUAAUAUAUAUGCCAUUAAAAAUAAAAUGAAUAAGAAAAAUGAGUAUAACAUUUUUUGCAUCUUUACAUAAAAAAUGGUUAAGAAUCACAUGAAAGCCAUAAUGUCGACAACAUUUAAACCAGGAUCUCCAAAUGUCUUAAGUUUAUAUAUCCAUUGGGUUUCACGUUGACACACCUUUUUCACUAUAUCCCCCUUGAACUAUGUCAAUCCCAAAACAUAAAAAUUGCUUAAAAUCAAACUUGCUGUUGUUACUGUAAAACAACAACAACAUUAUUUUGCCUUGGACUAAAUCUCCUUUCUUUCAGUCUAAAUGGGAUUAUCAGAGCCAUGGCAUACAAUCUAUGAACUUCGUGUGCAGAGACACUUUAUCAAAGCAGAUUAUACCUCAUCCUUCUAUAGCCGAACAAUUCGGAAAAAACUGUAAUAGUAAAUCAAACCAUGCUAGUUAAAAUCAUAGAUCACAAAAACCCCAACCAGCUGUCCAUAGAAGAAAGCCGGAAUAUUUCCUAAAUUUCUCUCUCAUAAGUUAGAGAAGUGAAAAUAAAAUGUAUGUAAAAUUUAAAGUGUCUUCUUGAUGGUUUGUCCUGGAUAUAUUUGUAUGUUAUCAAAUCCCCUCUGAAGCAAAUAAAAAAAAAAUAAAAAAAACUAAAUAGGUUUAAAUGUGUUAACCUUUCUUCAGAGCUGAUAUGUUCCAUUCCUUUUAUUAAUUUUGUAGUCCGUGUCUACACUCCUUCUAGUGCCAUAAUAUCCUUUAGAACAGGUGCCCAAACUUGCACAGCAUAUUCAAUAUGUGGUCUUACCAGCGAUUUAUAAAGGGCCCUCCAGCAGGUUAGUCUUUGUGUCGAUGUGAGCUAAGCGAGUGGGCACCAUGUGCUAAUGAAACAGACGUUUUCUAUUUGUCUCCUAGUGAGAGAGGCACUUGGAGACCCUGCUGAGAUUUGCUGCUGCUGUCAAUCUCAGGAUGACCAGAUCUACCACGUUCACAGGGACACACAUUAUUUUGUCGUAUUUAUGAAAACGUUUGCCCUGCGGUAUAUGUAGUGCAUCUUCUGAUACCUCAUUGCCUAAUUGCUGAAUUCUGCAUACUAUGGGGCAACACUUUUCAUGUGCUGCCCAUCAAUAAGUAUAUAUCUUGUGUCCAAGAAAACCUAAUGGAUCUGGAUCUAGUCACCCUGGCCAUUCUUUAUGUCAGAAAGUCUGUUGUGACAUCAUGUGGCGUAUGUCGGUUUUUAAAGAAUCUAAUGUGUAAGGAGAGAGUUUUAACAUGUAUAUAAAGGUGUAAGAUAUUUCGACUGUCCCACCCAGAGCACAAGACAAUCUGGAUGAAAAACCUUUAGCUGCUGAAUUUAAAGCUCAAUUGGUAAAGUCAACAAUGCUAUUUUUAAAUGACCCAAAUGGUGUUAAAACUACUAACCACUUCAAGAUGGCAAACAUCUUUGCAGACUUUUCCAAGCAAGUUUAUAACCUGUCAGCAGAACCUGCAACUGGCAAGCCAACUACCCAAGAAAUAUCAGACUACCUAGCUACACUCCCCACAAUCUCCACCAACCAAAUGUUAAAGUUCCAUCUUCCAUUCACUGAGAAGGAGAUCCUCACCAGGCUCAAAUCUCUUCCUAACCGUGAAGCCCCAGGCCCAGAUGGAUUUUCUAAUGGAUAAUGUAGGCAAUUCUGCAAAAUUCUCUCACCUCACCUCGCUUCCCUUUUUAAAAAAAUGUUUCAAAAACACAGUAGUAGGGCUAGUAGAAAUGCAGUUAUUACUCUUCCUAAACCAGGUAAAGCUUAUACGUCUUUCUCUAAUUUCCGUCAAACGUCACUAUUAAUUGACGAUAUUAAAUAAUAAACCCAACUUUAGCCUCCCCUACUUAGACCCCAAUUACCUCAACUGGUCUCCCUAGAACAGGGGUUCUCAACGUUAGUCCUCAGGACCCCCUACCAGUCCAGGGUUUAGGGAUUACCUGGGUGUGUCUAAGGUGUUUAGAAAAAGAAAAAAAAAAACACCUUCUAAGGUGUUUUUUUCCUUUUAUCUAAACACCUGAGACACACCCAGGUAAUCCCCAAAUCCUGGACUGGUAGGGGGUCCUGAGGACUGGGUUGAGAACCCCUGCCCUAGAACAAGCUGUUUUUGUACCUUAAAGAAAAGUCUCUAACACCAGACUAAAUAUUCUGGAGAUCAUUCAACUUAAUAGCACCUGUAGUGUAGUCCUAGCCCUCAACACCAAGAAGGCAUAUGAUAGAUUUAAUAGUUAUAUGACCAGCACCAUCAAAAAAUGUGUACCCCGGGGGCGUGGCUAGACACGGAGAAAGAUGGCCGCAGGAGUCCUCAGCUCUGCACCACGAGCUAGGCAAUAUCAUUCAAUUGUGAGAUUCCUGCGGGAAAGAAGAUUAUAUUCCUGAGAUGUCGCAACCCAAAACCCGUCGGCACCAAGACAAGCCCGACAAAAUGAACUUCUUCGCCCAAAAAAAGGUUGCGGCCCUGGCAAGACAGACCGCCACAGCAGACCCUCAAGAUGGCGCCGAACACUCGGGGAAGCAGCCCGAGGUCAGAGACAGACUCACUGCACGAUAGUGAACCGCUCACCACAGCCUUUUUAAAACAAGCCCUGGACGAACAAUCCCAACGACUGGUAUCUAUCUGGCAACCCAGUGUCGCAGAACUGAAACGCGACCUACAAGAUGUCGGAUCUCGCACAACGCAUGUGGAGGCCAAGAUGGAAGACCUGGUCGAUGCACACAAUGCGUCCGCAGAGCAACUAAAAUCCCUCCUCAAUCAACUUCAAAAAUGUGAGGCAAAGCUCAUGGACCUUGAAGAUUGAUCCAGAAGGAGCAACAUCAAGCUGAGGGGCAUACCAGAGACGGUUCUCCCGGCGGACCUCCCCAGCCAUGUACACAGCUUUUUCAAACUCCUGACACCCGAGAUCCCCACGGACAUGCUGCUGCUAGACCGACUGCACAGGAUCCCGAAACCCCAACAUAUAGCUGCAUCCUUACCCAGAGAUGUGUUAUUGAAAGCACACUACUUCCAUGUAAAAGAUCUCCUGAUGAGAAGAAGCAGAACCGCGAAAGACCUUCCAGCUGAAUACACCGGCAUCAAGAUGUACUCAGAUCUCUUCAGCAGCCACCCUGAGACAAAGGAAAACCUUCCAGCAAGUGACAGAGACCUUCCGCGCCAACCGCAUCUUAUACCGCUGGGGCUUCCCUGUCCGCCUGAUUGUUUCCAGAAAUGGAACCACCAACGUCAUACACACGGUGGAAGACGGUCUGAACCUCCUGCACCAGUGGAACCUGACCAUUGUGGGCAAAACACAGGCUCUGAAACCACCGAGAAAAGUGGUCAAGGACUGGCACGUUGCCGACUGAUGAUCCACUGCAAGUAUUCCCGCUCCGGCGGUAAAAUACCCCUACUGCUCUAACACUUAAUUAUUGAUUACCGGCCACUACUAUCUUUAAGGCCAAAUUGCAUUAGCCUGAUAGACGCCUGCGGACUUAACAUUACCACAGUUUGCAGUACGCAAAUAAUUAUUAACCAUCACAUUGCAUUUAUAUUUGUCCAUAACGUUUGCAAGGUGUACUAGCAGUAUUGUGACAUAAUUUGCCUAAUGGUUUAACUGUUGUUGACCCAUACUGUUUACUAGAGGCAUACGCAACACCUCGCCACACUUUAUUGGACUGACGCCACAAAUUGACUAAUGUGUGCCCACGACAACUGACGCAUAAGGGGCAACAUACACUACCCACACUGAUCGACUUACAUGGGUGACCGCGGUCCACCCAAGCCGUCCAUCAGGCAUAUUCACAAGACCACAUCUCGAGUUCCACCUAAACUGGUACACCCGGCUAGUCCGCAAGUAAGAUAGUUGUAGAGGUACUGCUAAUCCAGGCUUUGGCCACUUACACUUACUGUAUUUAUGUUGUCUUAUAGCGGGAAUUACACACCACCUAAACCCUUGCUCCCACUACUCCAGAACCCAAAUGGAAGCUGGGGUUGAGGCCCCAUGGCACAAGCCAGAGUUAUCGAGCGUAAUAUGGCAGAAACCUCCCUUACAGAACCAGUUUGUGGUCACACACACAGAGUUGGGAGACCCCGAUGCAAAACCUAAACAGGUUACCAACUCUCACCCCUUUUCUCAACUGAAGUCCCAUACGAACAUCUCACUACAUUUAAACAAUGGUGCUCUUAAUUUGUACUGCAAAUCACGCUCAGAGACCACACAAGACCUUACUAUGUUUAUUGUUAUUUGACAGUGCAUGUUGCACCACAUACCUUUCGCCUGCUCAGGCCACCGCCUGUCCACCAUCUCCGAUCCCACGCUCUCCACAGCGCCUUGCACCGAGAUCGGGCUUAUAUGUACAUUCUUUUGUUAUCCAAGUUUAUUUCUUUUCAUCCCUGUUUCCUUCCCCCAGUUACAAUCCCAUCCCCCUCCUUCCAUCCAAAAACCCAGACAAAGAAAAUCUCAAAAAAGGCACCCACACGCCCUCUCUUCAUAAUCAAUGGUAUAAACCGUACAUUACAUCUCAUGAUCCCACUUUUAAUCAAAAGCAGUCCGCCCUAUAACAUACACUGAUAGUCUACUCACAUAAUGUCCGGGGGCUCAACAUGCCACAUAAGAGACACAUGUUGUUACAAACUGCCAUUUGUAACUGUUAUUUUAUUUGACAAAUUGCCCUGCUUCCCUGUGUUAUGGAGAAGCCUAAUUGCCAGCCUUCUGCCCCAUGACUAUGGACCUAGUGUGUAUGGCGUUUUGACUGUAUUUGUGGGAUCUGAGCGCUGUUUGGAUAUAUUGAGCGCUCAGAUCCAAGCCAUCUGGGGAUAGGUUGAAUGUGGGGGUUCUGUUCAGUUCAAUAGGAGUUAUGUAUUUUUGUGUCUUUUUGUGUCUUUUGCUAACAUGUGGUUAAUGGAGUCUGCCUCUAUCCCUGGAUAAUUGGAUUACUUUCCCCAUUGUCCAGGAUAGAGGCCUCUGUAAAACCGGUUUGGGCCAGAAAACCAUGCUGCCAGCCAGGCCCCAAAAGACACUUUUGCUAACUUUUGAACCCCUUGUCUGAUUUGUGCCAUUUUUUAAUAUGUUGCUCCCCUUAAUGGAUUGAUUCCAAAUAUGUAAUUUUUAUGAAGAUUGGAUGUGUAGUUUGGAAGUUAUAGUACAUGUAUAAAAACUGUAUUUUUACUGUUCUGUUUUAAUUAUGUUAUGUGAUUAUCUGAGGGAUGGGAAUUUCCCCGAAUGUAUAUUGUUCCGAUUGGUUAUACUGCUAAUUAUGUGGGUGUCUCCCUUGCAUGGGCAGAAUCUCAUAAAAGCAGAGUGUGUGCCAUUAAACAUCAGAUCUUCUUGACCCUCAAUACGUAGCCUUGUCUCGUUAUUGGAGGGAACUGCUAUAUCACACUGGGGAUUGCUAUGCUCUGCAUACUCCCCUGAGCUUUUAAUCACUUAGCUCUUUUAAGAGCUGUUCCUGUUACGCUCUCCUGGAGGAGAGGUCUUCCCCACACGGUCCUGGAGGACAGAAGCUGAUCCAGGGUGGAAGGAAGACGGCGAGACUCCAGUUAAGCUACGGCGGUUGUGGAGUCUGCGGUGGUUGUGGUGUCGGCUGCAGUGUUUGGAGUCCUCAGGAAGCGCUAGGAGCAUCCAUCAACGGAGGGUACUCGGUCGGAGUACAGGGAGCUCCGUUACACGUUACUUCAAAACUAGUAUCACUUUUCACUUUCACCACGGCACAAAAAAAACAUACCGCAGGACAUGCUCACGGCCAACGUGGCCACUCUACCCAAACCCGGUAAACCACCAACCCAUUGUGCAAAUUUUAGACCGAUUUUUUUCCCUACUAAUUUUGGACGUGACGAUCCUGGCUAAAGUCUAUGCCAACAGACUGACUACAAUCCUGCCGACUGUUGUGCACUCUGACCAAGUCGGCUUUGUGGGUGGCAGGCAGGGAGCGGACGGUACACGAAAAGCCCUUGCAUUACUACACACCAUGCAUAGACGCUUCCCCAACAGCCUCUUACUAUCCUUAGACGCUGAAAAAGCCUUCGACCGCCUGCACUGGUCAUUCCUGCAGGCGGUCCUGGUUAAAUUUGGUUUCCCUUCACUUUUUAUCUCCAUGAUCAAAUCACUAUACAGCAACCCUGAGGCCCGGGUCUUCACGUCCGGAUUCCAAUCAAGAUCCUUCCCUAUUACUAAUGGCACUCAACAGGGGUGCCCCCUCUCACCCCUCUUGUACAUUAUAGCUUUAGAACCCUUAGCUGAGGCCAUUCGCUCAUCAACAGAGAUCACGGGAAUCAAAGUCGGGGGGGGGGGGUAGAACAUAAAUUAAAUCUUUUCGCUGAUGAUGUCCUUCUAACCAUAACUGACCCACACAAAUCCUUACCAGCAUUCCACAACAUACUACAGUAAUUGCUCGUACUAUAAGCUAAAUCUACCUAAAACACAGGCCGUGGGGAUGGAGGAUGACUAUCUAUCCAACCUGCAAAGCCAGUUCUCUUAUGACUGGAGAACGGACUACCUCACAUUCCUGGGCAUAAAACUCCCACACACUAUGUCCGACUUGUACCACUUAAACUAUGUUAAACUUAGCAAAGACAUUACCAACACCCUCCUGCACUGCAGGAAUAAAUUUAUAUCCUGGUCUGGUCGAAUAGCAGCAGUAAAGAUGGUGAUACUACCCAAAUUACAAUAUUUAUUUAGGACAUUCACCUUGACAGUGCCGCCUGCUUACUUUCUAUCUCUCCAGAAACAAAUUAAUUUAUUCAUAUGGCAUGGAAAACGACAGAGAGUCACUUUAUCUACACUGCACCGACCAAUGCAGAUGGGCGGCAUGAGCCUCCCUAACGUGCAACUAUACUACAAAGCAGCAGUCUUGGCCAGUCCCUUUCCUAUUAACCAACAUACAUCUCCCCCCUCCCCCUCCCCAGUGGGUCUCUAUAGAACAACACUGGUUGCAAACCCAAGACAUCAAAACAAAAGUAUGGAUGUUACCCCACCAAAGGGGAAACACCACAAAUGCACUUCCCGCCACCUUAAUGACACUAAAAAUCUGGGAUGCCACCCGCAAACUCCUGUGCAGCUGCUACCCGAUCCCCUUUUCAACCCCAAUUAAGACCCUGGCGCAAACGAUACCUGACUUUAACUACAGAGCAUGGAACAGAUGUGGGGUGUUCUACAUACACUCCCUAUUAGAAAAAGGCAAACUAGCCACAUUUGACCAACUGAAAAUUAAUUCCAUAUUGCCAAACACGGCAUACCACUCUUAUCUCCAGCUGAAUUCAUGGUGGAAAACCCAUGUACCACAUCCUAUAUCACCCACUACUACUAACGCCCUUUGAAAAAAGUAUAAUGGCAGAUACACCAGCGAAAAAGCCCAUCUCCACAAUAUACAGGCUAUUACUGCCCCAACAAGGAAUUAAAUCCCUUACUUGUGUACGCUCCUGGGAAAAAGACCUAGCUCAAACCCUGUCAGAGCAGACCUGGCUGACCGCAGUAAACGCAACCAGAGGCCUGACGUUUUGCGCUUCACACUUAGAGAUCACCCGUAAACUUUUCUACUGCUGGUACAUGGUCCCAACACGCCUAGCCACCAUGGACCCGAAACUGCCCAGCAUUUGCUGGCACUGCAAAAAAGAGACAGGCACAUUCUUACACAACUGGUGGAAAUGUAUGAAACUCCAGCCAUACUGGAAAGAGGUUAUCUUAUUAAUACACCAACACACUUCAAUCAUGACACCGAACUCCCCGACUUCUCUGCUCCUACUCAUGUUGGAAGCCGACUACCCCAAACCAUUUAAAUACCUGAUACUCCACGUACUGGUAGCGGCCCAAAACUUUAUCGCAAAAAAUUGGCUAUCACCCACCAAUGCAACUAUGCAAGAACUGAUCAGACACCUAUCCCAAAUUGGGAAAUAUGAAACAAGUGUAUCCCGCAUACCACCCAACAAAGGUUGGAGACAUGAAGUAUGGGAAAGUUGGGAGCUGAAACACCCGACUUGAGAGUAACAUACACACAUUGCAGCCAUUAACACUCAUAUCACCAAUUAUAAAAGACGGCACAAACACCAGCCAACCUCUAUGGAGCCCACCCACCGAAGGAAAAGCACUCACCAUAUCGCAAGCCCAGGGAAUAACGCUCUUAGUAAGAACCCUUUUACUCCCCUGCGAAGAACUGGCGGGAGACAAACUCCCCCCCCUUUCCCAUGCUACAUCCCCCAACUACAUAUCCUAGCCUUCCAAGGCCAGACUAAGGGAAACUCCAUCCCACCGUGAGCCACACAGGCACACAAAAACAUAGAAGGUUGCAACUUAUAUCGUAAAUUCGGUUUGAAAACAAUGUGUUCCUAUCAUGACUGCGAGCUACUGGAUAACAAAAAAUUGAUGAAGGAUGUAUGUUCCAGUGUCUUAACUUCCUCCCUUUUCUUUUCUGUACCCCCAAAUCGCAUUUUUUAUGACAAAAUAAAAAUUGUCAAAUUGGAAAAAAAAUAAAAAAGUGUACCCCUUCCCUCCUUAACGGCAGUCAUGAGGUUGUAUACGUCCCAACUGCACAUACCUUAUCCUCUGGCUUCCUUUCAGAUGCCUUCCCUAUAACAAAUGGGUUGAGACAGAUUUGCCCCCUCUCAUUUUCAUCUUCGCCAUUGAACCCAUAGUACACAGGAUUAAACCAGCCCCAAACAUAAUGGUAUCUCAGUUCCUAUAGAUACACAAACAUUAUCACUAUUUGCUGAUGAAAGUGUUAAAAUGAUGUCAUCAGCUGAGUCCUCGAUCUCUGGCCUUUUACACCUACUCACAAUAUGACAAAGUUUCUUAUUACAAGAACCGUAUAACAAAGACCUAAAUCUUACCUGUCCAUGUGCUCCCAGGUCUACUCAACCAGCUUCAUUCGACACAUUGUUUCAACUUAAAGGGACGCUAUAAGCAUCAAAACAAAUUUAGCUUAAUGAAGCAGUUUGGGUGUAUAUAUCAUGCCCCUGCAUCCUCACUGCUCAAUUCCCUGCCAUUGUUAUGAAUUAGAUCACUUUGUUUAUACAGCCCUAGUCACUCCUCCCCUGGCUGUGACUGAUACAGCCUCCAUGUGAAAAUGUGUUUCACUUUCUAUCAGGUGUUAACUUACUUUAAAAGUUUUUAUCUCCUGCUAUGUAAAUUGAACUUAAAUCACUCUUCCAAGCCUUUAUUUCAUGGGGUUAGCUGUCAGACACCAGGCCAUUUGGUGGAAUGACAAUGAAAGACUCCAAUAAUUCAGAGAUUUAAAAAUCCCUUGAAUCGCAGUCCCAGAACUGUAGUGCCUAGCCCUCCUAUAGCUCAAAUUAAUCCCUAAAGACACAUAAAGCAUAUGUUUCCAUAACAUCAGCCUGGGCACUCAAUCUGGUGAAAUAGUGUUAAUAAAGAUGGUAUGAAGUCAUUAAUAAUUGAUACAAAAGCAGCAUUUAGAAAGGAAUAUAGUCUGGGUCCCUGGGAUAUUCCUGGAGAAGGCUGUCAUCACUAUCUACAGAGAUACGUGUUUCUUUCCAUCACACUAUUUGUUUUAAGUGUUGGAUGUGUUUGUUUAACAUUAAUAAUUGGUAGCCUGAGGAUUAACAAUUUAUUAUGUUAUUUUUAUAUAGCGCCAACAAAUUCCGCAGCGCUUUACAGUGGGUGGAAGAACAGGGAUUGAGGGCCCUGCUCAGUGAGUUUACAUGUUAGAGGGAGUGGGGUAUAGUGACAGUAAGAGAGGGAUUGAGGGCCUGCUCAGUGAGUUUACAUGUUAGAGGGAGUGGGGUAUAGUGACAGGAACAGCGGGAUUGAGGGCCCUGCUCAGUGAGUUUACAUGUUAGAGGGAGUGGGGUAUAGUGACAGUAACAGAGGGAUUGAGGGCCUGCUCAGUGAGGUUACAUGUUAGAGGGAGUGGGGUAAAGUGACACAAAAGGUAAGGAGAGUAUUAGACUAAUGACAGUUGCAAGAGAGGAAUCAGUCGGGAGCUAUUAACAGUUUAAUUGAUGAAGUGGAUUUUAAUGAUUUUUUUGAAGGAGUGGAGACUGGGUGAACUUUGUGGAACGUUUCGCCGAAUGGUUCACGGAAUAUCGUCGUUCUUGUGGCGAAAUUGGUCCCAUAGGAAUGAAUGGCAAAAUGUUCAGAACUAGAGUGGGAGCUGGCAAAAGCUGAAAAAUCCGGGCAUGAUUUCUAAACUGCCACCACUACCUCAUUUUCAAGCCCACCUACACAAAUCUUAUAUCAAAACGUUCAGCUAUCCCUGCUGCCACUAGAAAUGUCCACGGCUAAGCCAUAGUCCUGAUAGUUUUCACAAUAUGACCAUUUGUUUGCAACUCACGCCAUCCAUUGACCUUCAUUGAAACUCCACUCUAGCCAGCUCAAACUUGAAGGGCAAUAUCUAAACUGCGACUGUGCCUUCGUUUUUAAUACUUCAGAGACAUACUAUGCAUCAAAAUGUAGGUCUGGGUCUUGUGAUUCUCGCAAUAUAAAGCUCUUCACUGUAGGAUUUAUAGUUUUUACGACCGUUUGAAGAUGGCAACCGCCAAAAUACUCUGACCUGUGCCAGGCUGCAGCAGCAAGUGAUGUCAUAGACAGGGCCUUUUGUACACCUGCUAAUGUUUUUAUAAAUGUAUGGUUUAAUGUAACUGUGCAACAACGUUGCAAUUAAACGUGCUAUAUAAAUGAUAACAGUUACUCCGCCCACUCCAGUUGUAGACUACUGGUGGAGGCAAGAACACUUCACACAAUUUUCCCAGUUUAUUUUUGAGGUCUCAGACUUUUUUCCUCUUUUUUUUGCUUUGUAAACCGUUUUAAUCUACCUGAAUCUAUGUCAAGAGAACAACUUUUUGGGAGCAACUUUGACUUCCUCAAGUUUAUAAACCAUCCAAGAUUCUGUAGUAAACUCAAGGUUGUUUGGAUAGUUAAUUGUAACUUCUCUCUGGAGUUUGCUUUAAAAAGCAAUAGUCUAGAUAAGCUACCAGUGAAACUAAUUAAAUGUGCAGCGAUCAGCGUAAGAAUAUUUAUGUAGAUUGGAAAAGUGGACAAAAUGUAAUAGUGAAAAUUAUUCUUCAUGCUUUGCCCAUGAACCUGAAAUCUUCUUGAACACCUUGACAUAGGUACGUGAAGGUAUUGUUGCAACACUUUCCUGCUAGACACCAAACAGGUCCCCUCUAGCCACGUUACUGGAAACCUGUGGGGAGAAAUAUACUUACUACUUCAGCGCCAGCGAAUAGCUCCUCCGCAUUCACUGUCACCAAGCAAUUUAUACCAGCAGUCAAACAUUCAAGGGCGCCUCCUUAAAUUGUUUUGAAAUCCAUAACGUACCGUCAUCUAGGGGACCCAAUGCUGUUUGAAGUCACAGAGAUGAUGUGGACCAAUCAGGACACAUGUGAACCUAUUUAACCCCUUAAGGAUACAUGAUAUGUGGGAGAUGUCAUGAUUCCCUUUUAUUCUAGAAGUUUGGUCCGUAAGGGGGUUAAAGCCUGCCCUAUUGUAGUUUCCGUUUGUUCACCCGUUUAGUGCUUCAGCAACGCUUAUGACUUCCUGUUAUUGACCUUGGCUUCUUUUGACUAUGUAAACGUCUGGUAUCCUGACCCGGCUUGUAUAUUGAUCGGUGUAUUUCUGGUAUCCUGACCCGGGUUCUAUAUUGAUCAGUGUAUUUCUGGUAUCCUGACCCGGCUUGUUUUUCGUGUUUCCAUAUUCUUUAUUCCUGACUUGUUUCUGUCUGUUAAUACGUUGGUCCACCUACUCCAAGGCCCAAUUAUGUGGCUUUUGGACCGGUAUCCUCUUUCCUGUGUGUAAGGGUAACGGCUACCGUGACAGAUACGUCAUAGGGGCCAGCGAGCCAGUGUGGGAGAAUAGAAAGGGAUACACCAAAAAGUCUGUACUGGCAGAAAUCAGAAGAACAAGAAACCAGGUUGUGAUGAGGAAAUCAGAUUUGCAUUUAAAAAAACAAAACCAAAAAAAAACGUGAUGUGAAACCAGGGAACACAAAAAUUGGAAUCAAAGUAAAGGGCAUUAUGGUCAAUGGUAGUGGUGCCAUAAAGAAUGCACAUUUGAUGCUUGUGUAUAGAGAAUACACCAGCAUUAAGGGGUACAUUAUAUGAGUACGCCAAAAAAUAUACAACAGAUCUUGCCACCAUCUCAACAGUUAGCCAAGUGAUCUGUCAACAACACUGUGCGCAGAGGAAUCCAGAGCCCAAAGUGAUGGCAAAUUGUCUCCCAGGUAGAAGUACCUUAUGCCUUUGUCUUUGUAACUCUAAUUUAUCUUAGCUCCUUCUGCCUGCCGGGGAAUAUGUCUUGGGUGUCUCCCACAGCUCAGCUGCAUCUCGAUCACCUUGUUGACGUGUCUAGAACACAUAACUGGAAUAUAUAUUCUAACCCAGGUCUUGUCACUAGUGGGGUACCUCUGGGAUCUGUACUAGGACCCAUAAUCUUUAAUAUUUCUAUUAGUGAUAUUGCAGAAGGUCUUGAUGGUAAAGUAUGUAUUUUUGCUGAUGAAUGCUUGGUUGUAUAGGGAGAUGUAUUAGCAGUAGAAAGAGGGAAGAGCUCAUGCCAUUGUACAGAACACUGGUGAGACCUCACUUGGAGUAUUGUACACAGUACUGGAGACCGUAUCUUCAGAAGGAUAUUGAUACCUUAGAGAGGGAUCAGAGAAGGGCUACUAAACUGGUUCAUGGAUUGUGGGAUAAAACUUACCAGGAAAGGUUAAAGGAUCUUAACAUGUAUAGCUUGGAGGAAAGACGAGACAGGGGGGAUAUGAUAGAAACAUUUAAAUAUAUAAAGGGAAUCAACACAGUAAAGGAGGAGACUAUAUUUAAAAGAAGAAAAACCACCACAACAAGAGGACAUAGUGUUAAAUUAGAGGGACAAAGGUUUAAAAAUAAUAUCAGGAAGUAUUACUUUACUGAGAGGGUAGUGGUUGCAAGGAAUAGCCUUCCAGCUGAAGUGGUAGAGGUUAACACCGUAAAGGAGUUUAAGCAUGCAUGGGAUAGGCAUAAGGCUAUCCUAACUAUAAGCUAAUGCUAAGGACUAAUUAAAGUAUUUCGAAAAUUGGGCAGACUAGAUGGACCGAAUGGUUCUUAUCUGCCGUCACAUUCUGUGUUUCUAUAACCAAAUCCUUGAAGGGACAUGCACAACUUUGAGGCAACUGUCUCAUUUAAAAGUGUUGGCUUUGUAUGAGGCAAUUGCCUUAGUCUGCAUCCUGGUAAAAUAGGUUCCUUAUGCUUUCCACGCCCACUUUGUGGGGGUAUUGAUCUAACCAAUCAGUGGCCUAUCCCUAAGAAUGCUGGAAAAGUGCAUUGAGUGUGCCUGACAGAUUUACACCUGUGUGGUCGUAAGUUAUCUUUUACCUUGGAACAUCUUAACAGGGGGAGAAGAAAGGGAGUCUGAUCAGUGUGAUCAUACAAGCAGACUGCAGUAUCUGGUUUCUCUCUCCUGCUGCUGCACAAUGAUGCCCUGUUUAUGUUGUUAGUAGACUGGUCUGAAACUGAGCUGGGUAGGUAAGGGAGACUGGUUAAGAAACUCCUCUAACUGAGAGGCCAAGUUUAGAAGUUUGUAUUACAUACUUAAAAGAUAGGUGGGCUGAGUCUGUCAAAAGAGUAAUGAUCGGGGAAGAACUGACCAAAAAAAGGAUUGAUAAUCCUUGAAUAUUCUGUACCUGAGCCCAUCUAAAGCUAAUGCUUCUGGUUUUUAGGGUGUUCAUAUAGACUAAACCGGUAGACUCAAGAUGGUUGGGUUUCGGUGAUCCACACUGAACUCCCCUUGUGAUUUCAUAGACUGAUUACUGUAAACCCCCUUAUAGCACUUUAUAAUAACCAUAUAUUCCUUUCCCUCUUUAUGGGGGGGCUCUUUUAAUUCUUUACUCAAUACUUCACCCUAGAUCCUAAAAAAAAGGUAGGGUUCCCUUACUCUCCCCAGUCGUCAUCCUUCCCAGGAUCCUCAGUUCUAUUUUUAGGGACCCUGUAUUUUGUAUUUGUGUUACUCAUCCUCAGGAUUGUCGGGUUGUGUUAAACGCUGUCCUCUGAUACAGCCAUGUGCUGUAAGUGGUCACACUGAGUAACCUAUUGUCCCCUGUCACAGGCUGGUCCUUGGAAUGGUCACCUUGGGAAACAUGCUGUCCUCCCUUUUGGCUGGAAAGGUAAAGCCAUCAGAUCCUGUCACCAAAGUCAUCUACAAGCAGUUUACACAGGUAAUAUCAAUGUGGAUGCCACACUCUCUAGGACUUGAGUCCAAGCCAAGUCUCCCUUUCUAGAUAUAGAAACAAAAUAUUGAUGCAGACACUCAAAUAUAAAAGCCAAAAUAGCAGCUUUAUUUAGAGAAAACCAGCAGCAACGUUUUAACCCAUCAGGGUCCUUGUCAAGCUUUGUCAUGGUCUGUGUUGUGCUCCUCAGACACUGGGAUUUAUCCCUAAUAUUUAGGUAAAUUAAUGGCAGAACUAGCUAUUAUACUGCAUCACAUAGUCUCCAGCCUGCCCAAAGCUAUAAUGCUGGCGUUGACAUGCUCAUAGACUGGCCUAAUAUAUGCUAACUGUGAAUUAACCCCUUAACUUCUAUUCUCUAUCACUGUGGGUAGAAAAACUGGAUUUAAUCCCAGUUUAAAAAAUAAAUAAAUAAAAUUCCAGUGGUUUGGCAUCUUUCACCGGUUUUUCACGUAAAGAUAUUGUCUUGUCUUCACCCUAUAGAGAUCUUCCCGGGGUCGUUGAGAACGAAUGGGGAAAAUAAAGCCCUUUUCUCUAAAAUACAGAUUAAAGAGUAUAGUGUCACUAUUUUGAAUUCAGUUUAAUAAUGAAAUAUUUAUUUACAUGUAGAGAGAGCAGUUCAGUAGAUUUCACUCCUACAGCUGCCUUCUGACAAGACAGUCAUGGUAAUUAAUGCAAAUUAACGUAUUUGUUUCAUCUCAAUCAAUCUAAAAUGAAUACAUAUUCUGCUCCGUAGGCCAAUAUACCUGGCUAAUAGCCGAGCAAUCUCUCUAGGAUGGCCUCAUCUCAAGCUAACUGAGCAAACUCCUGGGUAUAGUCCCUAUUAGUCAGUGUGACCUCAUUUCUGGCUAACAGAGAAAGCAUGUGGGGUCAGUACUUGAAUGGAAAGAAUCCAAACCUUUUUUUUUAUAUUUCUCCUUUCUUCUUGUUGGGUGGCUCUCAAUGCUCUUAAUUUGCAUAUAUCAUUCUCCUAGGUGUUAGUCAAAUACAAUACACAUCGAACUUGCUUUUCUGUAGGUUUAUUAUGUUAAUACUAAUAUAUAAAUAUAUAAAAUAACAAAAGGAUUUUUCAAAAUGGUGGAUCAAUAGCAGAUGUUGCUUGCUGGACUCGGGAAGAGAUAGAUCUACCCCCGAUAUUCCAUAAAGGAUGGACGUGCUGAACUCUUUCUUUGUGUAGUAAAACCAAAUGUAAACAUGGAUGUAUUGGUAUCAAUCCAUGUUCUAGAAUUCUCAGCCAAAGAAAGACAUGAGACUUAUUGAUGCUGUCUGUUACAGCCAUGUCGAAUGUGAACUUGUCAAUAGGGUUUGGAAACCAUGCACUCCCUAUUAGUCAGUGUGACUCUAACUCUAACAGAGGAACUCAUGGGGUACUCGUUGUGAGUUGCCAUCACUCAUACAAACUAGAGGAAUUGUGGGGAAAGCGAGUGUGUAUGAAUUAUUUGUGGUAGAGACUGUGCGUAUAGACAAUCCCAGCAUAUUCUGUGGAGGGGUCAGGCCCAUGAAUGCUAACCUUGUACUUCCUAUGUUUGACACUUCCAGGUCCAUCUUAUGGAUAACCUGGGGAAACUCUCACGAAUCCUGGAGACUGAUCACUUUGCUCUUGUGGUUCAUGAACAGAUACAGUGUGAGUUUAAUUUUCCAUAAUCCAUUCUCUUCCUGUAUUAUCUCUUCCAGCCAUUAAUACCUUCUCUGACUUUGGGGCUUAACCACCUUCUUUAUAUCCUUUUAUCAUCCUCUGGCAGUGAUAUUAUCCCCCACCCUCUUGCAGUGCUAUUAUCUCCCACCCUCUGGCAGUGCUAUUAUCUCCCACCCUCUGGCAGUGCUAUUAUCUCCCACCCUCUGGCAGUGCUUUUAUCUCCCACCCUCUUACUUUGCCCAGAUUGUGGUACCUUUGUAACAAGUCAGCGUUUUUCUCAGCAGAUCACAGUGAUGGUUCCUCUAGUAAGAAGCAGAUGGUUUUUGGAGUGGUAACUGCUAUAGAUCUCCUUAAUUUUGUAACUCGAGAGCGUGAGCGACGUGUCAGUGAAUCUGGAGACCGUGAUCCGAGUGAAAGAGUAAGGCAUUUCAGUGCGUCUUGA